CAUUGCAAUAUGAUUUAUGUUUUCUUAUGUUUUAUUUUUCAUAUAUUUUUCAUAACGUUCAGUGGUGUGGAUUAUAGUGCGCCUUCAUAACCACCUGUUAGUCUAUUACAAAAUCAACGGUAAACAGUAUCAAUGUAAAAUUUAAAUGCCUAUAAUACACACUUUUUAACAAAUAUGGGGUUGGUUCCAAAUAAAUGUCCUAACAAAAAUAUUGUUGCAUAUGUUUAACUAAUACUUAUUCUGCACUAAAUUAGUAAAUAGCCAGUUUGUUAAAAUGCCUGAUACUGUAAGCUACUGCUUUUAGGCAGGUGUAUACUGUCAUGAUAAUAGCACUGGUAUUUGUCCAGUUAGAUUAUGGUAUAAUUAGUAGAUUAAGGCUACCACUUAGAGUCCAUGUUAUGCAAAAGUGGAAAACAGUGGACUCCGCUGGUGCUUGGUGGCUUUUAGAGGGAAGGGCUUUUUAGGUAUUUCUGUGCCAGGGUGUCAGGCUGGGGACCUCCCACUUAGGGACAUAGGAGGUGCCACGCUACAGUGCCCAGGGGAGCUGAGUGAAGCGCAGUGUGUGUGCGUGUGUGUGAAUGUGUGUGUGUGAGUACCAGAGCACACACGUGACAAUAAGAACAGCAGAGGGACCUAUCCACUCUCCUCUGCGACAGCACCUGGCGGUGUACACACUCUCACCAGCCGGCUGGUCCCACAUACACCUGGUCCAGAAGCUUCUCCGGGCAGCUGUGCAUUGGAGCGUGAGCCGCCUGUCUUAGCCGUGACACGGUCAAUUGACCCCCCUCCCCCCCAUCCCUCUCCCUUCCCCAACCCUUCUACACCCUCCCAUGAUCACUGCCUGAGGAGACACCUUCACCAGUCAUGCCCAGAAGAAGAUCAAACUGAACAGCUUCAGCACAAAAGACUGUAAAGACUCAUGCCUCAUCACUGGAUGCAGAAGUAGUGCGCAGCCCGACUGGAAGCGGAAUACCAAACUGUCAGUCAUGGAGACCAACGUGACCCAGAUUUCCCGGGAGGACCUGGAGGAACUGAGAGAGGCGUUCGAUAAAAUUGAUAUUGACAACAGCGGCUACGUGAGUGACUUUGAGCUGCAAGAGCUCUUCAGAGAGGCCAGCUUCUCGCUUCCUGGCUUCAAGGUGCGGGAGAUAGUGGAAAAAUUCAUGGCUGCUGCUGACACCAACAAGGAUGACAAGAUUACGUUUGAGGAGUUUGUUUCGAUGUACCAGGAGCUGAAGAGCCAAGAUAUCAGAGAGUCUUUUCGGAAGGCCAUAACCAGGAGAGAUGGGAUCAGGUCAUUUGGUGGGACCUCUGGCAUCUCCAGUGAAGGAACCCAGCACUCCUACUCUGAUGAGGAGAAGGUGGCCUUUGUUAACUGGAUCAACAAGGCCUUGGCGAAUGAUUCCGACUGUAAGCACCUUGUUCCCAUGGACCCCGUCAACGAUAGCCUCUUCAAAUCUGUCAAGGAUGGCAUCUUGCUCUGCAAAAUGAUCAAUUUAUCCCAACCGGACACGAUUGACGAGAGGGUCAUAAACACAAAGAAACGCACGACAUUUACGAUGACUGAGAACUUAGUACUGGCGCUUAACUCCGCCUCCGCCAUUGGCUGCACAGUCGUCAAUAUAGAUGCCCAGGACCUGAUGUCCGGCAAGCCGCACCUGGUGCUGGGCCUGCUGUGGCAAAUCAUCAAGAUCGGCCUGUUCGCCGACAUCGAGAUCUCCAAAAACGAAGCCCUCAUCGCACUGCUGCAGGAGAGCGAGGAGAUGGACCACCUGCUCUCCCUGUCUCCAGAGGAGCUUCUGCUCCGUUGGGUAAACUACCACCUGAGCAAUGCUGGAUGGCAGCCAAUUGGCAACUUCAGCGAUGACAUCAAGGAUUCCAAGGCCUACUUCCAUCUUCUCAAUCAAAUAGCACCCAAGGGGGGAAACGAGGAAGAGCUGAUGGUCGUCAUCGACAUGUCGGGAUUUAACGAGCCGGAUGAGGAGAAGCGGGCGGAGCUCAUGCUGAGGCAGGCAGCGCGGCUCGACUGCCGGCAGUUCGUCACCCCGCAGGACGUCGUGGCCGGGAACCAGAAGCUGAAUAUGGCCUUCGUGGCCAACCUGUUCAACACAUAUCCGGCAGUCAGCAGGCCCUCCGACAAUGGCAUUGACCCCACCCUGCUGGAGGGGGAAUCCAGAGAGGAGAGAACAUUCCGGAACUGGAUGAACUCCUUAGGGGUGACACCAUACGUCAACCAUCUAUAUCGCGACCUGGUAGAUGCCCUGGUCAUUUUUCAAUUGUAUGAGAGGAUCCAGGUCCCUGUGGACUACAGGAAAGUAAACAGGCCACCUUACGCUGCACUGGGAUCCAACAUGAAAAAGCUUGAGAACUGCAACUAUGCCGUUGAUUUGGGGAAGCGGGAGGCCAAGUUUUCCCUGGUGGGGAUCGGCGGAGAAAACAUAAACGAGGGGAGCCAAAUGCACACCCUGGCCUUGGUCUGGCAGAUAAUGAGGAGGUACACGCUGAUGGUGCUUUCUGUUCUGGGAGACGGCGAAAAAGUCAACGACCAGAUAAUCAUCAACUGGGUGAAUGAUUCACUACAAUGUGGGAAGAAGAGUACGUUCAUCACCAGUUUCAAGGAUAAGUCGAUAAGCACAAGCCUGCCAGUGAUUGAUCUCAUCGACACCAUUGCCCCGAACGCCAUAAAAGCAGAGAUGGUGAAGAGAGACGACUUCACCGAUGAUGACAAACUUAAUAAUGCAAAGUAUGCUAUUUCGGUGUCUCGUAAAAUUGGGGCCAAGGUCUAUGCUCUCCCAGAGGACCUUUUGGAGGUGAAACCCAAGAUGGUGCUGACGGUGUUUGCAUGCUUGAUGGCUCUGGGCCUGAAGAAGGUGGCAGGUUCCAACCCCACCCGUGUCACUGCCCCCGUCCCGCACCCAGCCCCCCACCCAAGCUGUCGACUGUGA